GGAGCGAACGACAUGAGACUCGCACGGCUGUGCGUUCGUGGAGAAGCAGUUUCCUGUCCCUCGGUCGCUUUCCGAGGGUACAAAUGACAAUAAGAGGGGGAAAAAAAGCAAAAGCAAAACAGAGAAAGCACAGACCGGAGAAGGGAGUGUCCUGCUUCUCGGAGCUCUUCACAAGCGAGGACUCUUCGCCACACAGCCACGAGGAAUCGCCUGAGGAGGAGAACGGAGGGAAGACGGUCCCUGAACGAAAACUCGCUGACGAAGCCGCUUUCCCGCUGCUGAGAAGCCACCGUGAUCGGUCGGGGCAAUGGCGGUGCCCUCGGCCCAUGAGUUCCACUGGCAGAGCCUGGCCCGCCUCUCCAGCGGGCGUGUCUACCACUCACUGGCUGAGGUGGGAGGUCAGUUGUACAUGCUGGGGGGCUGUGAUGCUGCUGGAAGACCCACCAGCUAUUUGGAGCUCUACUCCCCAGAGAUAGACCAGUGGGUCAGCCUGCCCCCCAUGCCGACCGCCAGAGCAGGGGCUGCAGUGGCAGUCUUGAACAAGCAGCUCCUGGUGGUAGGAGGUGUGGGAAAGGACCAGCACCCCCUGAAGGCCGUGGAGGUGUACAACACGGAGGAGGGCAAGUGGAGGAAGAGGUGUUCACUGAGGGAAGAGCUGAUGGGAGUCUCCAUUACUGUUAAAGAUGGCAGAGCUUUCGCUGUUGGGGGAAUGGGAGCAGACCUCCUGCCCAGAAGCAUUCUGCAGCAGUACGACCUUCGCAAGGACGUCUGGGCCCUUCUGCCCCCCAUGCCCACUCCCCGCUACGAUACCAGCAUUUGCCUUCAGGGAUCCAAGAUAUACGUAGCAGGUGGGCGUCAAUGUAAGCGUUCGGUGAAAGCUUUUGAAGUCUUUGACAUGGAUAGCCGCACCUGGUCCUCUUUACCCAGCCUGCCCUGUAAGAGGUCCUACUCUGGGGUGCUAUGGGAUAACACAGGACGCCUCUGCUGGCUGGGAGGGCUUCGGCAAGGAGGGAUCCAUCAAAGCUCUAAGUUCACCAAGAACGUCAACAUCUUCGACCCCAACCAAGGAUCAUGGAUGAGGUCUGAAGACACUGUGUCCAUGAAAACCAAACGAGCAGACUUUGCAGCAGCCAUAGUACGAGGGAGGAUGGUUGUGGCUGGAGGACUGGGUCAUCAGCCCUCAGUCCUGGACACCGUUGAGGCCUUCCAUCCUGAAAAGAGGAAGUGGGAGAACCUGGCCCCGAUGGCGACUCCCCGCUGUUCCGCCUCCACCAUUGUGAUCCGUGACCGCCUAUUGGUGGUUGGAGGUGUCAAUCAAAUCCCAAGCUCGGCCCAUGAGAUUCUUUACGUGAAGGAGGAGGAGAUUCUUUAGCCAUGCAUGUCUGUAGCCUAAGAAAAGUUGCCUUCAAUGAGUUAAACUCACCUCUUUUAGAGUGUUAGAGAUGCUACUCUUGUUAAUAGGAAGAUAAUGCCAUCGUCCAAUAGGCUUCUGUUCUACCUGUUAAACAAAAAAAGCACAAAGUCUUCUUUGGACAGUGUUUUUUGUGCCAAAUGUUAGCUCUCAUCGUCGCGCUUUACAACACAAACAUAUAGCAAAGACAAUCCACUCCUGAAGUCUUACCAUGUAGGAGCUUAACAAAUACUGUAGAUGUAGACAAAGUAAAAGCAUGAGCGAUUUUAGAAGAGGUGUACGUACACCCAUCAGGCAUAACAUUACGACCACCUGCUUGUUUCUACGCUCAUUGUCCAUUUUAUCAACUCCACUU